UGGAAGAAAACUGCAGCCCUGCAGCAUCUGCUGGCCCUCAGCAGGGCAUGGAGUGCAGGACUGGGCAGCUUGGAGCAUCCCUGGAGCACCCAUCCCCACUGCCUCAUGCCACAGGGAAGGAGGGACCUGCUGGUGACUGUCCUUAGCAGCCUUUCCCUUUCUUUGCCCUCCCCAGCAAAUGCUGUGCUCUAGGACCAAUUCAGCAAUCAAUCACCAUUUUUCUUAAUCCCCUUUAAAAAAUAAUGGAGUUACCCCCUGUUCUGAGCAACCUUCCAACCUGCAGCUUCUUUGCAUGAAAAAUUCCUGCACGGAGGCAAAACAUUUGGAGAGGCAGAUGUGGGACCCCGGGAGCAGCAGGGCUCUGUGCUGGCUGCUGGCAGAGCCCAGCACUGCCUUCCUGCCCAGGAUGCUGCAGGGAAAAAUCCCAAAACCCAAGAAAAGCUGGGAAGCUUUUGGAAAAGGCCACGAGGACAGCUGGGGAUUUACAGGCCAGCACUCCAGGUUGGAUGUGGGCGCCUUCUCCAGUGUGCUGCCAUCACGAGAAGGUUUAAGGACCUGAUUUUAUGGAUGCCUAAAUAAAUCCAUGGAGCUAAUAUAUCACAAUACAGGGUAUAUUUAUCUGCUUUGCAGGAGUGGGAUAGAAUUAGACAGCGGUGUCUCUCUCAAGGCCAGCCCCGCUGUAAUUCAUGCCCCGAGGCGACCAGCCAAGGGGAGGAGGAGGAGGAGGAAUUCUGCAGGCAGCAGUAUUGAUGGGCUACUCCCAGAAGCUUUGUUUUAAUUAAUUUUCAGAGUGCUCCUUGCACUGAAGGAUCAGGCAGCUCCUUCAAAGCCUCCUUCCACCCACUGCUGCCUGUGCUCUUGUGCAGGGUCUGGGGCAGCGGUGUGAGCCCCAGGGUUUUGGUUAAACAGUGUAGAAGCUGUUGCUGUUUUUAAAGAGGGGCUUCCCCCUGGCCAAGAGGCCUCUUUGAUGGCCACAGCGUGGACAGGUGUAUUUGUCACAGCUUUUCUCUUCCCCUUUUUAUUGACUUUCUGCUUGUUCCUGCUGCCAAGGGUCAGACGGGGAGUUGGCUGGACUUUGCCAAAAGUCCACCCAAACCAUCUGGUUCCGUCAGGUGCUGAGCAGUGCCCUGCCCCUGGGACACGAGGGGUUUGAACAGCGGGUUUGCAGCCCAGCUGGGUGUGUGGUGGUGGGGCUGGAACGGGGCUGUGCCAGCUCCAAAGCUUUUCCUGAGUAAGCAGGUCUGUGAACCUGAACUGCAUUUGCCCUGCGAGCAGCAAGGUGACAGCAGCAGCCACAGCUCAGCGCCGAACUCGGGGCGUCCUGGCUGACAUGAAGGGACCUGUCCCCAUCCAGGACACCAUGGCAAGUGGCACGGAGCCCUCCAACACCAUCAAACUGCUGCACCUGCUUUUCCUCUCCACCUCCUGGGGAAUGCAGCUCUGGGUGACCUUCGUGGCCGGGUUUGUGAUGAGCAGGCACCUCCCUCGCCACACCUUCGGCUCCAUCCAGCGUCAGCUCUUCCCCUACUACUUCCACAUCAGCUGCACCUGCGCCUUCCUCAACCUGACGCUGUUUGCCAUGUCCCACCGCAGCGAGGGGCUCGGUGAGGAGCACACGAGCCAGAUCAUCAUCUUCUUCGUCUGCAUCAUCGCUUCGGUGCUGAACGCGCAGUGUUUUGGGCAGGCCACCUCCGUCACCGCGGCCCAGCUGCAGCAGGUGGAGCGCAGCCACGGGCUGGGGCAGGAGCUGGGGCUGGCGGCCAGAGAGCCCCGCAGGCAGCUCCGAGCCUCCAACCCCGGCUACAGGCAGCUGGCCCAGCGCUUCGCCCUCUGCCACGCUCUGUCCUCGCUGUGCAACCUCCUCUGCGUGCUGUGCAACGGGCUGAGCCUGUGGCACCUGGCGGCACAGCUCCCUGCCCUCUGAGCAGGACCCAGAGCACACCCCCGGCUGCCUGGCUGUAAAGCAACCCCGAGCUUUGGACAUCCAACUGCACCAUCCUCAGGUGGAGAUGCUCUUGAUGCGUUUGUGUGGAAAUUUAGGAAUAGUGAGAUGGAAAUUUUCUCUAGAGCUGCCUGCAGCCAGCCUCCAUGAUCGAAGCAGGAGUGUUUUAUGGCUGAACAGCUUUCUAACACCCCGUGCAUUAGCUGUAUCUAAAGCUGCAGUGUAUUCCUGCAGUCACAGGGACACUGCAGAAGAGAAAGAAAUGAGAGAUUGAGAAUUACUUCUAAUUAAAAGCCAAACACAAG